GGGCACACAUGUGAGCUCUGGCAGAGCCUGUGCAGUGACUUCUCCUGACUUUCAAUUUACUGGACGCGACGUGUGACCUUGCUUCUACAUGCACGGAUUGUGUAUACGAGAAUAUCUUUGACAGUGUUGGCUCAAGAAGGAUUGAGCUGCGGCCCUGACCUUUCAGCUUUUCCGCGCAGCUUCCCUAGGCUGAAGUUUAGCUCAAUUGUUGGGCUCUCAGAUGAUCUCGGAGACAACGGAUGACUUACCUGUAUGUUUCUUGCGCGCGGGAGCGGCGUUGAAGUCAACGCUGCGAAACGGCAAUGGAGCUGAAAGACUUAGCGCUCCUGGUGCUGCUGGCGCUUGUCUGCCUGGAUACUCAGAUACACGGGGCUGCAGCGCAGCAGUCACCAUCUCCUCCGCCCACGGCGGCAGCCGCACAGGCGAAUGAAAGCGACGGUCUGGCAGCCUACACACACGGCCUCCUCGUCCAGAACCUGACCGUGCUGGGUCAAGCGCUGCGCAUCCCCACGUCCCUGUUCAGAAAGCAUAGAUGCCAGGUUGUGUACCUUGGGAAUCCGGACUGGGCAACGCUGGAGCUGGAGGCCCAGCUUGUGAACGCGACGAACUCAGCCUCAGCAGCCGUGUGUCCACCGGGUGGGCCGCAGCUGCAGGCGUUCACAGCCUAUGUCGACGGCUACCACGUGCCGCCGGAGGCCGCGAGCGGAGUGACGCUUUCCGAUAGCUCUGCCCCUUGGGCCGCGGUGGUGUCUAGCAGGAGCAGCAGCGCUGCUGGGAGUCCGUCGCUGGCAGCGUCGGGCGGCGUCGCUGGACGGCUGCGGCGAAGGCUGUUCUCGUUUAGCCUGAGCAACAUCACGAACCCAACGCUGCGGAACGCAUGGCUCAGCUUUCAGUCGGCCUAUGACAACGCGCGCUCUCAGGCGCUGGCCACGCAGGAGCUCCUCACGCGCGGGGGGGCGACAGUGCCGGGGCCGGACGGCCCGCUGGCCAAGCCCGUGCUGGCAGCCAACCGCAAGGGUGCGUCCGUUGCCACAGUGAGCGGCUACAGCCGGGGCGCCAUGGCGGACCUGGACAGCGCUAUACAGGCAGCGAUGACAGGCGGCAAUAGCAACAGCAUCGACAGCAGUAGCAGCGGAGGCAAUGGCAGUAGCUCAGGUUCAAGCGACACCUUUGCAGGUGCGGCCCCGCCGUACCGCAUCAUGUCGGACCGCGCCCGCGUGUACCGCGCGCCCGUGGACGACUGCAUGCGUCUGGUGACCCGGAAGGGGCGGCCGUUAAGCACCGUGGCCGCCAGCGCCGUUGCCGGCAGCAGCAGCGGCGGGAAAGGUGUCACAGGCAACAUUUUGGGUCAGGCAAGUGUCGACGCGUCGGCGACGGUCACGCAGGACAGCUGCUUCGUGACCCAGAUCGCCGUCUACAUCUACAACCCGUGCGCGCCGCUGGACCCCGCCCUGGACAACAGCACCAGCACCGACACCACAUCCAGUGCCUCUAGCAGCAGCAGCAGCAACCCUAGCAGCGAUAACAGCAGCAGCGCCGCGGGGAGCCUGAGCAGUGGCGCACAGCGGCUGUGGGGCCUGGUGGAUGCCUCGCUGACGCAGACGGGGCCGGAGGUGAAUGCCACGGAUGCGGGCGGCGGCUAUGUGGUCGUGGUGGUGCGCUACUGGCCGUACAGCAGCUGCGUACGGCGCGGGGCGGACGCGUUGUCGGAUGUGGCGUUACAGGUCAUGGUGUUUGCUGCGCUGGCGUUCGGCUGGUUGCUGCUGUUCCUGUUGCUGCCCUCGCUCUACCGCCUGUUCCUGGAGUUCCCCAUCCGCCUGCUCAUGCACGGCAUCCGGAAGCUGCUGGGCAAGUCCGACAAGCUCAAGCCGCUGAAGCCGGGACUGCACAGCCAGAAGGCCCACCGCGGCUUCGCGCUGCCGGCCCCGCUGGCGGCGGUGGUGGGCCCCGUGCUGGCGCUGCGCAAGCGGCUGCUGUACGCGGUGGCCACUGUCCAUUACUCGGACGGCCAGAGCCGCUGGCUGCAAGUGUGUGUCAUUAGCAAUGUGGCGCUGUCCAUUGGCAUCGCCGUCUACUCGCCCCGCCUGGCGCCGCCGCUGGAGCACUUUGUGCCGCCGCUGGCGCUCGCCAUCAGCCGCAACGCCGACGCCGUGGCGGCACUGCAGUUCUUUGUGGACAUUGUGAUGUUCUCCUCCUUCAUGGGCACAUUGGGCUACCUGUCCAUGCUGGCAAACUACAACUCGCCCGUGAAUGAGUACUACCGCACCCAGUGCAUCAUCUCCGCCUUCUUCAUGCUGCUGGCGGACGUGCUGAUGCUGCUGCAGCUGGUCAGCCUGUUGUCGCAAUGGGCCUACCUGCAGCCCAGCCCCUACCCCUACCUGCCGCUGGUGGUGUUCCAGUGCAUCAACCUGGCCGCAGCAAAUGUGCUGCAGGGCAUCAUCUUCAGCAAGCGCCAUGACCAGCACAACAUGUCGAUCUACGCAGCCUACCAAGAGGCGCGUAAGAACCGCAAGCAGGCGAUCGCAGACGCGCGCGCGGAGAAGCGGGCGGCCUUUAAGGCCGAGCGGCUGCAAGCCAGAAACAAGGCGGCGGUUGGCCGCGGGAGAGGCGGUGGUGUCGACGGGUUGGGGCACGCGGAUGGAGGUGAGGACGACGACGACUGGGACGUGAGCAGCGGCAGCGGCAGUAUUGCAAACGAGCGAGAUGUAUUACUGACGGCGGGAGACGGGGCCCAGGCAGCAGCUGGAGGGGCCGGCGGGGCGCGGACAAGCGUGGACGCCAACGCGGGUGUGGUCAACUUCCGGCGGCAUCGCGAGCGGGAGUCGCGGCCCUCCCACGACGCCCACGCUGCGCUCGAGGUCGCUGCAGCGGCAGCGGCAAGUGCAGGCGUCACGGGAGCUGGAGCGAGAGCACCCCGGGGGCAGCCGAGCCCUGAUCCUCAAGACGAGGAGGACGCAGCGGCACUUACCCGUGCUAGCAACAGGCGCCGCGAUGCACCUGCUGCCGUCGGGCGGGCUGAGCUGCCGGUAUCGCCAACCAGCGGCCGCCAUGGCCGCCAGCCCGCCAAGCUGGCUAGGCCGGGCAGCCGGGCAAGAGGGGCAACAGCGGCGGCAGAUGACUCGAGUGCUGGCGAGGGGCAUGGGCAGGCACACGAUGAAGCGGAGUGCCAAGGAGGAGACGCGGACUGGGGCACGUCGCCAUUGCGGCGGCACACCAGCGGCGGCGCAGGAGGCGGACGCGGCCGAGGUGGAGGUGGUGGCGGUGGUGCUGCUGAUGCAGGCAGCGACGAAGACGACCACGAUCCGGCGGCGCUGCACUCACGGUCCCGGCGGCGGCUGCUUGGCGGCGACGGGCCAGGGCCUUUGGGUGAGGGUCGCGAGUGGCGGCGCAGCCACGGAGCCGCCAGCGAGGAAGAGCAAGCCGAUGCGCACUUGCUGGGUGCCGGCGCAGCCGUCAGGCGUGGCAUGGACGGCAGCAGCGGCAGUGGCGUGGCUCUGCUGCCCAAGGCCGGUGGCGGCCGCGCAUCGCGACGCGCCAAUGACCACCAUACAACCACGCACUCCCAUGCGGCGCAACAGGCGGCAGGGGCAAUGGGCAGUAUGGAGCGGAAGCGGACGGGCGGCCCCGCACCCGACGUGGCGGGCAAAGCACACGCGCACAGCCACGCACAUCGCGUGCCUGCGGAUCCAGGCAUGGAUGGGGCUGCCAUGAAGCGGUCGGGCAGCGGCAGCGUGUGGGACCACGUGCCGCGUCAGGGCUCGGGGCGGCGGCUGCUGGGGGACAGCAGCGUGGACGGGGGCAGCGGCACCCGCCGCGGCCUGUUCGGCAAGGUGGCGCAGGAGGCGGCGGCCGCCACAGCCGCCACCGGUCCCUUCGCUGUGGGCAAGAACGCGGCAGCGGAGGCAGGGAACGAGGAGCAGGGGCAGGUGCCCUACCACAAGCGGCCGGUCAAGCAUGCCAGCACCUACAGUGGCGGCUCGCUAGGGGGACAGGGCACGGCAAACGGGCUCGGCGGCACCAAUGGUGCCCACGCAGGGGCGCGGAGCACGCGUGCCCGGUCCGCGCCGGGGCGCAAGGCGACCUCUGGCCUCAGUGGCGGUGGCGCAGCCCAGGACCGGAGCACCGGCAAGAGCGGCAAGCAGUGGGGCUGGAUGGGCGCAAACGUCAGCAACAGCGACAGCGACGGCAGUGGCAGCGGGUCCAGCAGGCGGCGGUCGCAGGAGGGCGGUGUCAUGGGAGUUCUGACGUGGCCGCUGCGGGCGGCGCGGGAGGUCUGGUGCGCCGUGCGCGAGGCGAACGGCUUCAGGUACCCCGCCUGGCUGCUGGCGGCGCUGCUGGUGUCGGGCUACAUGGUGGUGUUCCAGUACGGCCGCGCGCUGCAGUGGAGCGACACGCUGGGAACCUGCUUCGAGGACCCGGGAGCUUGCCUCAGCGGCACACUGGGCCGCUACGUACGCUUUGCCACCGCCGCGUUCGGCCGCGCCGCGCAGCAGCGGCUGCAGGACUCGCUGCUGUCGCUACUGGACACGAGGCCGGCGCUGACAGACAUGCUGACCGGCGCGCUGGGCGGCAACAGCAUCGGCAACUCCAGCCUGUCCCUUUUCGGAGCCGGCAACAGCAACAGUACCAACGGCGGCUUGUCCGGUCUGCUGGCCGACCUGACCGGCCUCAUCCCAGGCAUUAGCACCGACGCCACAGACAAGCUAACGUCCUCCAUCAACUUUACUCAGCUCGUGUCCGCGGCCAUAAACCAGACGCUGAGUGACGGUGCCACCAGUGGCAACGCCACAACAGGCGUCGGCACCAGCUCGAACAUAACCAGCAACAGCAGUGCAGGGGUAUCCAACUCCUCGGCCCUAGCGGCACUUCUAACGCCCUCCCUGUCCGCGGCGCUGGAGGCGCAGCUAUCUUUGGCGCUGGAGUCCCGCCUGCGCGGCCUGGCCGACAGCUUGAACGCCUCCCUGGAGGCCGCCGCCGGCAACGCCUCCUCCUCGGCGCAGACGGAGGCGCUGCGCGCGGCGGCGCUGACCGCGCUCAACACCACGCUGACCGCACUGUACGACACGGUCAACAGCACCGCGCGGUUCGUGGGGCGCACCAUGGAGGUCAGCAAGGAGAUUGGGGUGUGGCGCUCGGGCCUGGUCAACCGCUUCCGGUGGAGCUCGGUGCUGGGCUUCACGCUGGGCCUGAUGCUGGGCCUGUCCACCCUCAUCCAGACCGCCGCGUCCUUCCAGCGCGCCGUGCGCAACGCCACCACCCUGCGCGUCAUGCGCCGCCUCUUCGGCCGCGUGGGCGUGGGCGCGGACGGCGCCGCUGCGGGCGGGACUGCGGGCAUGGGCGUUGGGGCAGGCAGCAGGCGGCACGGUGGCGGUGUGGCGUCAAUGGUGAGCGUGGAGGACUCACUGCUGGCGAACCGCGCCAUGAAGACCAGCGUGAGCCUGGUGGUGUUCUUCUUCGGCGUGCUCAUGUCCACCGCCGUCAUCCAGCUGUACAUGGUGGGCGUGUUGCUGAGCAGCCUGAUGGCGCUGCUGUUCCACCCCUGGACGUGGGACUACCUGGUGCCCAACUUCUGGCUGUACGGAGUGGCGGUGGCGGCGGUGUUCGUGCUCAACAAGUACGUGUUGAUCGGCUACGUGGGCGACGCCUUCCUGUCCAACGGCGACCACAUCUACCGCCCCGCCGCCUGGCUGGCCUUCACCUUCAUCAUGUCCAUCACCAACCUGGUCAUCGGCCUGCUACUGGCCGUAUACCGCAUCGUUCUGCUGCUGCUCACCACAGUGGUGGCGCUGGGCAAACUGGAGGUGACCAUCUUCACCUUCGCCACGGAUCUGGACCUGCCGCACAACAGCUUCCUGGCCGGGCUGCACAUGCACGAGUCCAUGUCCCACUUCCACGACCCCAUCUACCUGCCGGGACCCCGCGGCCGCGCGCACCGCCGCUGGCGCAAGCUGCGUGACACAGUCCGCAAGCUGGGCCCGGAGCAGCUGCGGCUGCUGGCCACACUGGGCCGGCCCAAGGAGGUGCAGGCCAUGCUGGACCAUGUGGUCAUAGACAUGCAGGCAGCGCGCCAGCUGGCCACCGCAAGCAACCGCCCCACCGCCGACGGCACCGCGCCGCCCGGCAUAGUGCGAGCCUCGACGGACGUGCACGGCUGGGCUGGCGGCACCCUUGCGACUGGCAGCCGGCCCUUAGCGUCUGGCAGCCGGCCGCUAGCGUCUGGGAGCCGGCCGCUAGCGUCCGGGAGUCGGCCACUGACGGGGGCGGCCAACGGCGGCGCGGCCAGCAAGCCGCCACUGGGCUCGUUGAGCCGGCCGCUGGCGACCAGCUCCAAGCCAGUGGUGCCGAGCCGUUUUGGUGGGCCUGCGGGCACCGCUGGCGCAAGCGCGACGCUGUCCAGGGGUGCGCCUGCCCACGCCACUGCCACGGCAGCGGCUGACAGCGGGGAUGGUGCGGAGCCGCAGGGCGGCAGCUACACGCGGGGGCGGCCAGGUGUGGGGUCCCGCGACAGCCGCGAUGGCAGCCUGCGUCGCGGGGGAGGCAGCGGCGCCGAGCGGACGUCGGGCCCGGGUGUCGUGACGGUCAUGCACUCCAACGCGGCCCUCGCCGGCUCCCAAGCCCAUGCGGAGGGGCGCGUGAGCAGCAGCGGGGCGCGCGCACGUCGUGCCGCGGAGCAGCAGCUAGCGGAGGAGGAUGACAAGGACAGCAGCGGGCAGGCUGCGGUCGUGGCGGCUGGGCGGCGCGGACGCGGGCGCGCACAUGCCUCCGAGCGCACAGGCGCUCUGCACGAGGACGAAGAGGAAGAUGAGGAGCCCCCGGUACACGGGUCGGGCCGGCGGGCCCACCAUGUGCGUGAGACAUGGCGUCAGGGCCACCGCCACAGUCGGCACCGGGAGGAGGAGCAGCCGCUGACGGCGCCGGAGGCACAAGCGGAGGACGAGUAUGGAGGGCCGGUGACGGCCGCUGCCGAGGCGCGAAGUCCGCGGCACCGGCGGGGUCCGAGGAGGUCUGCCGGGCCCAGCGCCGCGCCUGCGCGGUCACCGGCUUCGGGCCGAGGCCGGCGGCUGCUGUAUGACGAUAAUGAUGAUGAAGAAUGAUGACUACCGGGUCAAUGCCGGUAACUUGACCGUAUCAUGAACAAUGAUGCACAUGUCCACUGCUGCACGGCUGGCAAACGUGUACCGUCGUGACUCGUGUACAGGGAGUUGCCCGUCCCAGUCGAUUGACUCCACUGCACUGCAUUUGUUUAUUGGAUUUUGGCAUGCAAUGCAUCAUACUGGACCUGCACCGCAAAGCUCCCCAGGUACAAACGUUCGUUGACGAGACUAGGAGCACUAGCCAUUUGAUGAUGUGGACUUGGGACUUGUCCUUGGACAUGACGACCCUGCUUAACGCUGCCUUGGGCUGGCCUGAUUGGCGGAGACGAGAGCAAACGGUGUACUUCCAUGUGGCAAUUUUCUCCUUAUCUCACUCCUCCAGUCCUAACGGUUAUUAGCACGGUCCGGAAGCGUGAGGCACGCGUACAACACGAAACAAGCAAAAUGAGCGCAUAGCAAGCGGUGGCGGAUGGGCAGGGGUGGCGGUGAGAGGGUCCCUCCCUCCCUGGCGCACUGCGCAAUGUUUGCCCCCUGCGGAUCAUGCCCGCCCAGUCCAACCCCGCCUCCGUAAACUCAAUAACUUCAGAACCCUGAUCUCAAAACGAACCCCUCCCAUACACGUUCAUAAAAUCAUAAAGGCGUCUGAGCGGCAGGCAAGGCUAGCGGCGAGCCACUGGCCAGCAUUCAGUGCUCGCCAAGGAGCCGCAUGCCGCAGGGAUGAACGCCUUCCUGGCCUCAGACGCGUCUGGCCGCUGAACAACGUCAACGCACGUCUGAACCGCACGGACCGUUGUCUGCAACGAAACGGUGUGAAGGGGCAUCCGGCGGGCCAGCGUGAUUCAAUCGCGACAGUGCCUUCUGCGCCCAGUCGCCGGCUCGCAUCGAGAGUCCGAAAGUGCGUGGCUGGACAGGGCUGCACAGGGCUGGCCCCCCAUAUGGAGGUGGGGGCCGGCAUGAAGGUACUGGGGUGGGCAAGUGGGCUGCUUGCAAUCUUGCAUGACCGCUGCCGGCGGCAGCGAGUGGGUGCUGCUGCAUGAGGUAGGGCGACACCGUGUAUCA